GCCACCAUGGUCGUGGGGAACCACACAGUAACUCUGUUCAUCUUGCAGAGCUUCACUCAGGACCCGUGGCUCCAGGCGGCCCUCUUCUGUAUCUUUUUUACUUUGUUCACAGUGGCCCUGGCAGGAAACGGCCUGAUUAUUGCAGCCAUCCACUGCAGCCCCAACCUGCACACCCCCAUGUACUUUUUUCUAGUCAACCUGGCCAUGCUGGAUAUGAUCUGCACCUCAUCCAUCCUACCCAAGGUGCUGCAGAGCCUAGUUGCUGACAGUACCAUCUCCUUUGGCGGCUGCUUGAGUCAGAUGUUCUUCUUCACCUGGUCUUUGAGCUCUGAGCUGCUGCUCUUUACUGCUAUGGCCUAUGACCGCUACCUGGCCAUCUGCCGGCCACUGCACUACAGCUCACUCAUGAGUGGCAGGGUCUGUGUGGCCUUGGCAGCCUUUGUGUGGUUCACAGGAGCAUUCAACGCCUCCUUGCUGACUGGCCUUGUCCUGCGGCUGACUUUCUGUGGCCCCAACCUCAUUGCACACUUCUUCUGUGAGAUCCCACCUGUGCUACUGCUGUCCUGCAGCCCAACAUUCCUCAAUAAUGUCAUGACCAUCACUGCAGACAUGUUUUUGUCAGGCCUGAACUUUCUGCUGACCAUGGUGUCCUAUGGCUGUAUCAUUGCCAGCAUCCUGCGCAUCCGCUCAGCUGAGGGCAAGCGCCGUGCCUUCUCCACCUGCUCCUCUCACCUCAUUGUGGUCACCUUGUACUACUCCACUGUGCUCUACAGCUACAUCCGUCCAGCCCUUGGAUCUAGUGGACUUCUGGACAAGGCCAUUGCUGUCCUAUACACUAUUGUGACACCCACUUUAAACCCCCUUAUCUACACCUUGAGAAACAAGGAGUUUAAAGUAGCACUUAAGAAACUCUUUUCUUGUUCCCCUAAAUGA